AUGCGGCAGCAACCAGGAGGAAACAGGGCAGAUCGGCUGGCCGGAAGGCAGACCGCUCCAGAUCCAGAGCAACCCAGAGAAAUAAAAGGAUUAAGGAGGGGAGAUAGCCCUCAUAUUGAUUAUAUGACCAGCAAAGCCUUUCGUGCUUUGGGAUUCAUAAGGCGUCACUCAACUAAUUGUAGUUCUGCCAAUUGCCUUCUAGCUCUUUACAAUGCUUUAGUCCGUUCGGUCAUUGAAUAUGGGUCUAUUGUUUGGUCACCAUACACCACAGUUGACAAUUGUAGAAUUGAUCGUGUACAAAACAGUUUUAUGCGUUUCGCUGGUUAUUGCCUCAAUAUUCCUCAUCCACCACAUGAUUAUAGGCCACGUCUGAUCGAAGUUGACCAAGUUGAUGCCCCAAGACUACUUGGUGAACUUAACUUUCGUAUUCCUAGUAACACUAGGCUUCAGUGUACUUUUUAUAUACCCACCAAUAAAUCAAACUUCUCCAAGAAUGCCUCACUUAUAAGGAUGAUGCAUAAUGCAAAUAAUCAUAUAGUCUAUUAA